GUCUACGAGUGAGGCAUAUCAGCAGCAGCAGAGGAAGAGAAGAGAGGUUGCGCGCGGGGGUAACGAAAUAACAGCAGCACUACCAACACCACUGUGCUCCACCAUCAGGUGGAAGGGCAAAACGCUACAAAACAACAAAGGACGAAAAAAAAAUCGCCAAAAACAAAACCAAGACAAAAACAGCCAGUGCAAUAAAUUCAAAUGAGUACAUCUAAACUACGUGGAAAGUCGGCAAUACACAUCAAUGACAGCGUAAUCAGUACCAAUCCCAACAAUUCGCACAACACGUUGCUCAAGAUUGAAUCCGUUGUGCCAAAGCUGACCACUCGCGUCGCCAAUACAAGCAAUUUUAAUCACUCGUCCAGACUGAAGACGUUUCACCGAUCGCACAGCACGCUCAGCACAUCCUAUCUGAAGAAAGUCAGCGAGAAACGAGUAUUCGUACCACGCGAGGCUGUAGGUAACGAUCGAGGCCGAGAAUCACCAAGGGACCAACAGCCGGCUAACAACCUAAACGAACCGCAACCAGACGGAUCGGUACUGGUUCAGAAUGGAGUCACCACCAUAAAACGUUCGGAGAAAGAUCGCGACAAGCAUCCCGACCGUGUCAAUCUUGAUCGUAAAGGCCUCAGCUCGAUUCCCAUCAUCGACGAUGAACCAAACCUUCGGCUGCUGUCUCUGCAACAUAACCUCAUCAAUACCUUUCACAUACCGGCCGAAACCGAUACGAAUAACAAUGAACCCAAGACACCGUCAUCAACGCCGCCAUCGAUGCACAAUUCUCCCAAGACGACUCCUACCGGGUUCCCGACGGGCGGAACGAACACUACCAGCAACACUGCAGCUAAAGAUAGCUCCACCUCCAGUCCGAUAAGCUGCAGCCCUCCUGCAGUUACAGCCACAACCAAUAGCAAUUCACCUUACGCUACCAACCGCAAUCCAAAGCAACUUCUGCGGCAAAAGUCCACAUCACGAAGUCAGCUAUACCUGAGCAACAACAACAUCAACUAUCUGGCUGGCAAAGUUACCUUGAGCGCCAAGCCCCUCAACGGUCAGUCCCCUGCAUGUGCCACAAGUCCAACCAAUGCGUUCCUGCAGAAGCCUUCAUCUAUCCUGCUGAGCGCACAACACCGCAAUCUGCUGAAAAAAUCCAACAGCUUCAUUAGCAAUGCCACACUGUUCCCAUCGCCACCCGCUCACCAACAGCAGCCCACCAACGUAUUGAAGCUCAAAAACAAACUACUACUAACACCUUCCUUCAGUAUCGAUAACCUAAAUAGCGCCAACGAAACAACCGCCGUCCAUGAAUCCAACACCAGCAACGGCAACAGUAACAACAACAGCGGAAAAACCACCCCUAUCAAUCCACCCCCGCCGUCCAACGGGGCCAAUCACUUCGUUAACCCACAGGCUCACAUCUCUCCGAUACUCUCGGCCGCCGAACCGCGCUACAACCUUCAGAACCUGGUGUUCCUCGAUCUGUACGACAACCAGAUCGAAAAAAUAUCAUGCCUCGAUGGCCUAAAAUGUCUCACAGUGCUGCUCCUGGGCAAAAAUCGAAUCACCGAUAUCAGUGGACUCAUCUCGUUACGACAAACCCUCCGGGUGCUAGACCUACAUGGCAACAAAAUCGCCAACAUAGCAUCGAGGAUCAACCAACUGCAAGAGCUCAAAUCCCUGAACCUAGCCGGAAAUCAACUUCGUCAGAUUCACACCAACGACUUCAACGGACUCGUCAACCUGAAGGAGCUGAACCUGAAGCGGAACCGAAUCAAAAAGAUCCAUGGAUUCGAUGACUUGCGAAGUCUCGAGCGCCUAUGGCUCUGCCACAACGAUCUCCAGUGCGUCGAAGACAUGUCAGCGAUCGCCAAAGCAAUCAAUCUCAAGGAGGUCACCAUCGAAAACAAUCCUGUUUCGCUAGCCGGAGACUGCGUUUCGUUUUUGGUGAGUUACCUACCCGGAUUGGUGUCGCUUAGUCAGAUGCAAAUCACCGAACAGGUGCGCCGAGCUGCUUCCGCCUGGCGCAAGAACAAAGAGCUGUCCGACAUGAACUAUUCCAAUCUGUCCACCGACGUGUGCCAAAGCAUACGACGGGAGGAGAUCAUCUCCAAUGCCCGCACCAACUGGGAACUGUUGAGAUCUCAACAAUCAACUGCCUGCCGAAAUGUCCAGCGAACCGCCGCCGUGCCCAAAGAAGUCGAAAUGGAUCUCAAUAGCAACCUCUCGGAUAUCAAUAGGACUGCUAAACCUAAAAAAUCCUCUGGCAAUACCAACGGCACUACAGCAAUGAACAACCACCGGGCUUCGCGAGCUUCUGUGAAGAAACCCCCUCCCAGCAGGAAACUGGUCCGGUCAUCUUCGCAGGACAAUUCCGGCUCGCAACUAUCCGAACAGGGCGGUGAGGAUUACUUUCGACUGCCACCAAUUCUUGCGCCAUUCCUUGAACAGAGUCCGCCAACUAUUGCCUCGACUAGUAAAAUAGAAUCAUCCGAGUCCAGCACUGGACUGCAUGCGGACUCCAGCAUCUCCAGUGCUCUCAGUUCCGACAAUGAAGAGCUGAACGUAAAAGAAAUCGAAAAAGAUGUAGAUAAAGCGAACCUGGAGACGGUCGAAACUCCGGUGAAAACGUCCGAAUCGCCACCACUGAACGAUUCCGCCGUCGAACAGCCGAGUAAACCGCUUGAAAAUGGAAACAGCAAUUCGGAUUCCGGAAGAGGGACAUUAGAUACGUCAUCUACCGCAAAUCAACCGGAUGAACUGAACAACGACAAAAUGUCCACCCUAUCGACGGUAUCUGCCAAAACGACAUCCGACUCGGUACUCACGACAUCAUCCAACUCGGAAAACGAUUCAAACCGAGCUACUAUUUCCCAAAAACCGAAGCCCGUCGCUCCCGUGAAGCGGUACGGAAUAGGAACUCUGAUCCGCACGAACACCACCCGCAGCAAUACGGUCAUAAACAAUGCCAAUAGCCUGGCAAACUCGUCAAAUCUAGCGAGCUCAACCACCAUCAACUCCAACUCCUCCAACACCGGCGGUUCCAGCAUAUCAGGAAACGCCACAACCAACAGUAACUAUGUACCACCGUCCAAGCCAAAAGUGACGGAACGGGAACGGGAGCAGGGCGGUGACUAUCUCAUCGAAAUCUGCGGACGAUACCUGAACGUCUACGGCAUGGGCGCCCUCAAGUUCAUCGACAAACAGUGGAACAUGACGAAGGCCUCGGACGUGCAUACGGUAAAAUUUAGCUAUAUCAACUUCAACAGCAUCACAGCGGUUCUCUGCCGGAUAAAGAUUCGCUUCGUAAACGCCGAAAACUUUAUCUUCCGUGAAACGAACAUCAUCUGUCUGGGUCAAAUCAACGCACUUGCCGAAAGUCAAGGGAUAGCUUCGUUGACCAUCGACCCGGAAGGUAACCCCAUCACUAGCAAACCUUGGCGCAACUACGCCAUCUACCGGCUGUCUCACUGGGGCCUAAAACAGAUCAAUGGCAUUGAAAUUACCGAGGAAGAAGUACAGGAUGCUGAAAUCAUGUACGCCGGUCUAUCGGAUCUGGUUCUGUGGUCCCUACCCGAAGGUCUGCUGCAGCCCCUUUUGCAAAGACUUCGACUGGAGGAAACGGCCCAUGCCACCAAGAUGACUGCCAAAGAGUGGUUGAUGCAGGCCGACUCCUCGCUGAAGAACAUUGUCGGAAAGGAGGCACUCCAGUGGAAGAAGCACAGCACUAGCCAGGACGAUGCCAUGAUGCGAACCAAGGGUAAGGCUUACUUCGCACGAAUGCUGGAUAACACCUGCAACGCCGUCGACAAGCUGCAACAACUAGAGAACACGUGGCCGACGCUGCUACUGGAGCUGAUACGGAACACCCUGAUCGACUACUCGCAGAUCGACGUCUACGUGCGGAAUAUGCUGCUAGAGCUGCUGAAAUGAUGCACUGCCGCUGGAAGAACUUAUCUUUCCAGCACAACUGCCUAUAACGCUACUACUAUUACUACUACUACUACUUCUACUUGUACUGCUACUACUAAUACAACCACCCCUGCUACUACCAAAAGGGUCCUGGUACUGAGACGAAUCAAACAACGUUGCGAGAAAAACUAGAGACGUUCUCUUUUCUCUCACGUGUCACCUGUGUUCAGAUAUUGCGAAUUAUCGUCGCAAUCGAGGAUGCUCGAUUACGAUCUAUGAUGAUGACGUGUAGAUUUUACA